GCAGCUGUGGCCUCGAAUGAAACACACUGGCCCAUCAGCAGCUUUUCAUUGAGGGGAGACAGAGAGAAAGAAGGUGGUAGUCACAGACUUUAAGCGAACUGUAUUUCAGGAGCGAGUGAUCGCAGACCGGGGGCCAGAAGAACCCAAACGGGCAAGCGUGAGCAGGCAAGCGGGUAAAUCGCGUUGAACUGAAGAUGACGGAGGUUAGCGAGAUAUUGAUGUCGGUUCUGUCUACGAUUCGAGUACCGAGGCCCGGAGAUCGUGUUCACAAAGACGAGUGUGCCUUCUCGUACGCCAGUCCGGAGAGUGAGGGAGGGUUGUACGUCUGCAUGAACAGCUUUCUAGGUUUUGGAAGCAAGUAUGUUGACCGACAUAACGCCAAAACCGGUCAGAGGGCUUAUUUGCACAUCACCCGGACUCGCAAGACGCAGAAGGAGGAUGACAGCAACUCUGGAUCAGGCGAUCCUCCAAAAAAGAAGCCCACGAGAUUGGCCAUAGGGAUUGAGGGAGGGUUUGAUGUUGAGCAGGAGCAGUGUGAGGAGGAGGUCAAUGUGGUUCUCCUCCCAGAACGACUGGAAGUGACAUCAGAGGAUCUUGCCUCUAUGCCAGAUGUUGUUAAGGAGAGGGUGUCUCUGUCGAUAGCAGGGCUGCAGGCAGCAGAUUCGGUGUCACACGCUCUGCAGGUGCAGCAGUGGGAUGGAGAGGUACGGCAGGAGUCAAAACACGCAGCUGAACUCAAACAACUCGACAACGGGCUCAAAAUCCCUCCCAGUGGUUGGAGAUGUGAAGUCUGUGAUCUACAAGAGAAUCUGUGGAUGAAUCUGACGGAUGGGAAGGUUCUGUGUGGACGGAGAUAUUUUGAUGGGACAGGGGGGAAUAACCAUGCCCUCCAGCAUUACCAGCAGUCCGGUUAUCCAAUGGCUGUCAAACUUGGAACAAUAACACCUGAUGGGGCAGAUGUCUAUUCCUAUGACGAAGAUGAUAUGGUGUUAGAUUCAAAGCUUCCAGAACAUCUUUCUCACUUUGGCAUCGAUAUGAUGACUAUGGAAAAGACGGAACGCACCAUGACUGAGCUGGAGAUUGCAGUGAACCAGCGCGUGGGGGAGUGGGAGGUUAUUCAGGAGUCAGGCACAACUCUGAGGCCUCUAUGGGGCCCGGGGCUCACCGGUAUGAAGAACCUGGGAAACAGCUGCUACCUCAACUCUGUCAUGCAAGUGCUCUUCACCAUCCCAGACUUCCAGACCAAAUAUGUUUCUAACAUUGACAAGAUUUUUGGUGAGGCACCAAGCGACCCCACACAGGAUUUUAAGACCCAAGUAGCAAAGCUGGGCUAUGGUCUUCUGUCAGGAGAGUACUCAAAACCUGCACCUGAACCUGGAGAUGACCCCAAUGCCUCCUCUGAAUCCAGGGGUGACCAGGUCGGCAUAGCACCUCGUAUGUUUAAAGCCCUGGUUGGACGAGGCCAUCCCGAGUUCUCCACCAAUCGGCAACAGGAUGCGCAAGAGUUUCUUCUCCAUUUCAUAAAUAUGGUUGAGAGGAACUGUCGGUCUGGCAUGAAUCCCUCCGAAGCAUUCCGCUUCCUAGUAGAGGAAAAGAUUGUAUGUCAGCAGUCUCAAAAGGCAAAAUAUACCCAACGAGUGGACUACAUUGUCCAGCUGCCUGUUCCUAUGGAUCAGGCAACAAAUAUGGAGGAGCUACAAGAAGCAGAGCGUCGUCGUGAUGAGGCAGAAGCAUCUGGAGCCCCAUACCCCUCUGUAGUACGUGCUCAGAUCCCAUUUGCUGCCUGCAUGGCUGCUCUUAGCGAACCAGAAACACUCACUGAUUUCUGGAGCUCUGCGGUGCAGGCUAAAACCACUGCCACAAAGACCACUCGCUUUGCUUCAUUCCCUGACCAUCUUGUUAUCCAAAUUAAGAAAUUCACCUUCGGCUUGGACUGGGUCCCUAAAAAACUGGAUGUAAGCAUCGACGUUCCCGACACUUUGGAUCUGAGCGCGCUCCGUGCCAUGGGACAGCAGCCUGGAGAGGAGCUUUUACCAGAAGUGGCGCCACCUCCUCUCAUGACCCCUGAUGUGGAGGUUAAAGGUAUCCUGGGUUCCCACGGCAACGAGGAGGACGACUCUCUCUACUCCCCACUGCUGUCUCCAGUGUUGGAUGACUCCACUGUGUCUCAGCUGUGUGAGAUGGGUUUUCCUUUGGAAGCUUGCCGGAAAGCAGUGUAUUACACGGGCAACACUGGCAUUGAUGCCGCUAUGAAUUGGGUGAUGGGACACAUGGAUGACCCUGAUUUUUCGGCACCUUUAAUGAUGCCUGGCUCUAGUUCUGGUCCUGGCACAACACCCACAGAGAGUAUACCUGAGGAACACCUAGCAACUAUUGUGUCUAUGGGAUUCAGUAGAGACCAGGCCACCCGCGCUCUCAGAGCUACCAAUAAUGUAUUGGAGCGUGCUGUCGAUUGGAUCUUCUCUCAUCUGGACGAUUUGGAGUCCAUGGAUGUGUCUGAAGGUGGACGUUCAGAGGGAGGAAGCGAAGCCAGUCGUGAGCCACCUCCAGGACCGCGCGUUCGUGACGGAUCAGGAAAGUAUGAGCUCUUUGCUUUCAUCAGUCACAUGGGGACGAGCACAAUGUGUGGUCAUUAUGUCUGUCAUAUCAAGAAGGACCAACAGUGGGUUAUCAUUAAUGAUCAAAAAGUUUGUGCCUCUGAGAAACCUCCUAAGGACCUGGGCUACCUGUACUUUUACAGGAGAGUGGUGGAAUAAAGUAAAUUAGUACAGCAUCUCUUUCUUUCUCUGUCUCACACAUACACAAACACACACAUCUUUAUCUGAGGUACUGGAAACUUUAGGCCAGGACUCCUGCUUCUGAUGCCCCAUUUUAAUAAGAUGUCAAAGCACUUAUCCCACACAUACUCACUACUGAAUAGAUGUCAGUCUUAAAAAUGAAACGGAAAAAAUUGUAGGGUGUGCGGAUUAGUGUGUUCUUACUCGAAAACGCUAAUGCCUUACCACAAACACACACACACUGAUCUCAUUCGUGCCUCCCUCUGAUUGGAUAGUGGCUAUUGUGACAUGGCUUUUAGAGCUAAGCUCCACCUUCCCUCCCUUUGUCAUUUGCAGAAAUAUUCUGAAACACAAGUCAUUACUUCACUAAAUCACAAAAACUGUUAAAUAUUAUAUAUUGGAGAUUAAACACAUGAAUGCAAAACUUACCGUGGUGUUUCUUUUUCCCUCUCAUAUUUUGUUUUUGGGGAAAAAGUAAUUCCUUUUGUUCUUUAUUUGCUUUAAUAAAAAUGUCUUUUUGCUUGUUC